AAUGGGAUUGUGUUUUUGUUUAAAGCGCAUUGUAUAAAUAAGGAAUGGAAGUGUUGUUUCCGCUGACACUUGCUCUGCUCGUGCUUGCAGUUGGAGCACAGCCACUGAAAGAGGAGCUGGAUGAUGGGGCCAAUGGAUGGACACUGCCGGACGGCAGUUGGCUGAGUCUAAUGGAAGGCGAGGCAUUAAAGGAGCUUCAGUCUGAUGUGACAUUUUAUUUGUACACGCACAGCAAUCCCAAAGAUGGACAGCAGCUCAUAGUUGACGACGAAUCGAUACACAGCACUCAUUUUGAUGCAGAGCGAGCAACAAAGUUCGUCAUACAUGGCUGGAAGGGCAGCUACAAAGACAACAUGAACAAGUGGAUUACAAAUGCCUGGCUAUCUCGUGGAGAUUUCAAUAUCAUCGUUGUCGACUGGGCAGCAUCGCGCACCGAGAACUAUGUGAGUGCCGCUAAAGCCGUGGCAAGUGCUGGCUCCAAAGUGGGUGAAUUAAUUGAGCACUUGCAUCACAUCCACCACAUAAAGUUGGAUAAGCUUGAGAUAAUUGGACACAGUUUAGGCGCCCAUGUUGCCGGUUUCGCUGGCAAAAAAGUGGCAGAGAGUGGUGAACAAGUGCACGCUAUUGUUGGCCUCGAUCCUGCCAUGCCGCUGUUCAGCUGGAACAAGCCAGAGAAGCGUUUGGCUAGUACUGAUGCCUACUAUGUGGAGUCCAUACAAACCAAUGGCGGCAAGCUGGGCUAUGUGAAGCCCAUUGGCCGUGGCACCUUCUAUCCUAACGGUGGCAAACGGCAGCCGGGAUGUGGCGAUGAUCUCGAUGGCCUUUGUGCCCAUACACGCUCUGUCACCUACUACGUGGAGGCUGUGGAGCGGGAUAACUUCGGGAGCGUUCGUUGUGCCGACUACGAGGCUGCCGUGGCCAAGGAUUGUGCCAGUCAGUAUAUGGGAGUGCGCAUGGGAGCGGUUACCAAUGCGUACAUGGUCAGAGGCGACUUCUAUGUGCCCCUCAACGAGCAGGCACCGUAUGGCAUGAUCGACUAGUCCGACAUCCUACCUACUGGGUAUCUUAAGUAUUUGAUUUAGUUAAAACACGCAAUACACACGCAGCUUUUCUAAAAAUAUAUUUGUUUACCUCGAUGAAAUUG